AUGUCCUUGCUCACACACGGUGGCAGAAUUGUGCCCAUACUUACGGGUCACCAACAACAACACCCAAAUUCUACCCCAGAGUCAUGCGUACUAGACACCACUUCUCCUUCAUAUCCCAAUUCCGCCUCCUUGCUGCUGGAUCAGCCUGAAGAUGCUCCCGUCAUCUGUCAAUCAAAGGCCAUGGACCGCACAAGCUUAGAGAUGCCUAGUUUAAGGGAGCGCGGUCUAUUCGCCUUGCCCACACAAGGAGAUGGGAAUUGCCUCUACUAUUCCCUUUCCGAUCAAUUGAAGGGUACAUUUGACCACGCGGACGAAAUUCGCCAUAUUCUUGCAUCCCAUAUUGCCGACAAUAAGAAAUACUUUAUGCAGUUUGUUGUUGCCCAGGGUGGCGAGCGACGCCGCCCCAAACGAGCCACCGCCUCCGCAUAUGCGACGCGUUCAGCCGAUGUAUCAGCUCCAUCCGAAGAGGAUAAAGAGCGGCGGUUCGAGGAAAUGGUUGCUUUGACUCGUAAGAACGGAGAGUGGGGAAGCUCGGAGCAUCUGCAAGCAUUCUGCCAGGCAUUCAAGGUGGACAUAAAUGUAUACACCAUGGAUGGCGUCCAAACGUUCCGGGAUGUCCAUGCCAUGCCGGAAGAUCACCGGGACGUCAUUCAUGUAGCCUUUCACGAUUUCAAGCACUAUUCGUCAGUGCGAGUUAUGGGUGGCAACCACGCAGGGCUUCUGGCUAAGUCGGUGUGCAUUGAGCCCCUAGCCACGUCUCUAAAAGAGGGAGGCUUGAAAGAGGAAGCUUCAUUUGGUUCGCCCGAUGUCAAGGAUGUUGCCAUCGACACCGAGCACAUCCUAGAUGAUGAGGACAACAACCCUCACCCAAAUCAGAAUCUUUCUUCCUCCCCCUCCUCUACUUCCAUCUAUACCAAUGACACACAAUCUACCAACACAUCCGUACACUCCAAGGAUUCUGGUUUGGCUGUCGAUCUUUCCCCUCCGUGGGAUAUCCAGACCAUUCAAGAUGCUUUCGGCGGUCGAUACGAUCAAGAAACCAUUAGAAACAUGCUUCAGAGAUGCCGCGGUGACAUCGAUCGGGCAUUCUCAGCUCUCCUUGGUGAAACGAAUGAAAAUGAGAAGAAGUUCGUCCCCGGUCCCAGCUUCAAGUCAAACUUGCAGGUAUCACGCUCGUCAUCGCCCUUCAGCACGGGCAGCAAGCGUUCUGCUGACGACAGCGACGACUCGGAGGACUCACGCCCAGCUGUGCGACGGGGUCGUCCCAAAAAGCGACUCGUUUCUAAUCUCACGCUGGGCGUAGGUAUCUCAUUUCGAGACGACCAGAACGAGGUCGUCUCACUCAACCUGCGGAUGAAAGCAGAUGCGGAGAAAGCCGCAGAAGCACAGAAGACACAGACAGAGGUCCUUAGCGAGGCCGACUCUGAGCAAUCGGAGACGACUCGGCAGGGACCCCGCCGCAGCGGUCGCCUUUCAAAACAUCAGCCAGUUUAG